AUGGUGGAUUCAACGGGGUUGACGGCUGUUGAAAAAAUUACACUAUUCAGUGCCUGGGGUCUGAUUCGUAAGGAUUUGGAUGUACACGGACGGAACACGCUGCUACUAUUAUUUCACCAAUAUCCACACUAUGUCUCGUACUUUGAUUUCACCGAUGACCAGACCGCCCAAUCGCUCUUGGAUAACAAAGCUCUUUACAAUCAUUCGAUACACAUCAUCAAAGCUUUUGGGUCUUUGAUAGAGUACGGAUUGAAGGAUCCGGCAUUGUUCAACGAAACGCUGCGAAAGUUACUCCGCAUACACGAGAAACGCAACGUCUAUUCCAAGGAUAUCCUAACCAUUGGCGAAGUUCUGCUGAACUACCUUGCCCAAGUGCUUGGACGGCAAGUGUCGGAUUCGUUACCCGACGCCUUUCGAAAGCUUUUCGGGACCAUCGCUGCAAAGUUUCCAGCUGGUCCUGUGGAGAAUACCUCCGAAUAG